CCUGGUUAGCUGCCGGGAAGCCGACAAGAUGGUGCUUACCAGGUCGGCGGGGUCUCGGGCCAGCAUCCAGAGAACGCUGGCGGAAAACUCAAGGCCGAAGAAUUCUGCAGCUAAAAGAAAUGAAGUACAUCCAGAUGAUGGGAAAGAAGCUCGAUCUAAUGAUCCAAGAACUGCUGAAUCGCAGGUUCAGACCACUGAGAAACAAAGUCCAAUUCCUAGAAUUCCUCCUAGAUCCGAAAUGAGAAAGAGCAGAAAUACAAGUUCUCAACUAGAAAUGACCAAACCAUCUACUGGCGGAGAGAUCUCUGAAGCAGAGUCAGAUUGUUCCUCUGUGUCUGAGGUUCAGGAGACCUUUUUAAGAAUAACUAGGAGAAGGCAGAUUUUAGUUGUAUGCCCCCGGACGCCUCACGUGAGGAAAAAGGUGAAAGACGCUCCUAUAAGUCAGUCUAAUACUGAGGAAGUCGUCUCUGAAGCAGAAUCACAUACUUCAGGUAUCUCUAGAAUUGUGACCCCAACAGUAAAAUCUACAAGAACUAGAAGGAAGGCCAAAUCCUUAAUAAAGCCAAGUCAAGAAUCAUAUGUGGAAGCAAUUUCUGAUGCUGAGUCAUCUUGCUCAGAUGUUUCUUCAUUUUCUGGAAUUGCAACUAGGAGAACAACUAGAAGUAUGCAGAAAUUACAGCCUAAUGAACAAAAUAGAGUACUAAGAAAUGAAAAGCAAAGCAAAGAUACACCUGUGAAAUCAAGAGACUCAGAUACCAGACAAACAUCUCAUGAUUGUGACUCUGAAUUUCUCAGAAAUUCAGGGAAAAAGCUAUCCGGACAAAAAUGCCAACUUCUUACUACGGGAGGGGGGAAAGAAGCUAAUGAUGCACCUCUUAAAGAAAUACCACAUCAGAAUUCUAAGAUUUUAGAUGAAGAAGCCAAAGAAGUAAUAGAUGGUAAAAAAGAAAUUAAUGUGAAGAAUUCUCAGUUAAAGAAUCAAUCUGAACUUAACAAUACUAGCCUUCAACAAUUAAUUUCUCAGAGGCAUUCAACCCCCACAGAUAGCAAAAUCACACCAGAACCCUCAAACUCAAGCUGUACGACUAUAAUGAAGUCAUUAGCUAAAACAUUUGAAACCAAAAUGAACAGAGGGUAUGAUGAAAGAAUGAGCACUAUGAAAUCAAGUGACUUGAAAGAAUUGGAUAAUGAUGAAGAAGAGUGUACAAUAAUAGAUGUUGGUGAAGAUACGAAUGAAAAAAGGGAUACAGAUUUUGAGUAUGAUGCUGAGCUCCACAAUUCGAAGUUGGACACACCUCAGGAUAAAGAAGAUUCUCUUUUGUUAGUUCUCAGCAGUGAUGAAAACCAGCAGUCUGAAGACAGUGAGGAUGAAGAGGACACUGUGUGUUUUGUUGACAGUUGUGGUCAGCAGGAAUCAUUAACUAGAGACUCUGAAAAUAUGUCAUGUGACAAUGCCUUAUUUGUAAUUGAUAAAACUCCUGGAUUGAGUUCUGAUAAAAAUUUUUACUUGGAUGAGGAAGACAAGGCAAGUGACGUUGCCACUGAGGAAGAAAGAGAUGAGGAAGAGAGAGAGGGGGAUAAGGAUGACGAGAGUGAAGAAUCAUCAGACCAUGACCUAAGUAAAGAUAGUGAGUUUAGCGAUGAAGAUGAUUUACUCAAUAACACAAAGUCUAAACUCCUGAAGUUGACAAGCAGCAGCAUAGACCCUGGUCUAAGUAUCAAGCAACUAGGUGGUUUAUACAUCAACAUAAAUGCAGAUAAACUACAGUCAAAUAAGAAAACCCUGACACAAAUUAAGGAAAAAAAGAAAAAUGAGCUUCUGCAGAAAGCUGUCAUUACUCCUGAUUUUGAAAAAAAUUACACUGUCCCACCAUACCGUGAAUCACAGUAUCAACUUCAGAAAAAACGUAGGAAAGAAAAACAAAAAACAGCAGGUGAUGGCUGGUUUGGCAUGAAAGCUCCAGAAUUGACAGAUGAAUUAAAAAAUGAUCUCAAAGCACUGAAGAUGAGAGCUAGCAUGGACCCAAAAAGGUUUUACAAGAAAAAUGACAGGGAUGGCUUCCCCAAAUACUUCCAGAUUGGAACCAUUGCUGACAAUCCAGCUGACUUCUACCAUUCACGAAUUCCCAAGAAACAGAGGAAGAGAACUAUUGUGGAAGAGCUGCUGGCUGAUUCUGAGUUCAGAAGAUAUAACCGAAGGAAGUAUGCUGAGAUCAUGGCUGAGAAAACAGCAAAUGCUGCAGGAAAGAAGUUUCGGAAGAAGAAGAAAUUUCGAAAUUAAACUUUCCCAAGCAAAUCACAGUCUCCUCAUUAUUUGUUACUAAUUCUGUUUUUGAAGACUAAUGCCAUCGCAUAAAUU